UGUGUGUUUAUGCACACGUACCUUCAUGUAUAGACCCUGUGUGGGUCUCUGUGUGUGCAUAUGGCCACAAAUGUAAGCAUGUGUGCACAUUAACCAGCCUGAGCGACAAUGUGCUGUUGUGUGUCGGCGCUGGUGGUGAGAAACCUAAUAGCCAAGGACACAGUAGCUCAGCCAGCAGCUGUUUCAUCUCUGCACCUCCUAUUACACCCAUCACUGGUGACAUGUGGAAACCUCACAACCUCGCUGGCCGUGGAGCUCAUAUUCCCCCUGUUCGCUCUGCCUGCUGUGAGGAGGGUGGUCUCCCUGAACUUCAUUGUCAGAACAACAGGGGCUCUCCCGCCUUGUGCGCGCUCCCCUGUCAGUUGUCCGGCGUGCGUGAACGCGCACACGCACGCUGCAGAUGAAACUUGGAAGAAACUGGAGAGAGUUUGGAGUAAAAACUUAAAUCCCAUCCGGACUCAGUCGUGCGGACACUCACAGACCUCAGGACGGAUCCGAGCUCCUGAAACGUGGCUGAACACGAACACCAUGAAGAUGUUGGCGUUGCCUCUUCUCAUCACCUUACUGCACAGUCCUGUCUGUCUGUCUGUGACUGUAAGCAGCAGUAAACCCAAAGUGGAAGUGCACGAGCACACAGAUGCAGUGCUGGCCUGUGAAUUCAGGACAGAGAAAGAUCAGAACCCUCGAAUUGAGUGGAAGAAGAAAGGAAAGGGUGUGACAUUUGUGUAUUUUAAUCACAAAUUUACUGGGUCUUAUGCAGGACGAGCCAAGAUAGAAGGGGCGACGCUGACGAUACACUCUGUUACUCAGAAGGACUCAGGGGAGUACCGCUGUGAGGUGACUGCCAGUGAGGACCACGUCAGCCUGGGCGAGGCUACUGUAACUCUCAAUGUGCUUGUGCCCCCUCAUGUCCCAUCCUGCGAGGUGCCGAACUCUGUGUUUGUCGGCUCAGGCCUUGAGCUUCUCUGUAAGGACAAACUUAGCGUGCCUCCUGCCACCUACCGCUGGUUCAAAGACAACAAGGCUCUGACAGCCACAGCAGACACUCCAUACAGCAUUGACACAAACAAGGGCACGCUGAAGUUUAAGAGUGUGUCCAAAACAGAUGGAGGGAUGUACCGCUGUGAGUCCUCCAACAGUGUGGGGGCACCCAAGAGUUGUGUGGCCCAACAACUGAAAGUUAUUGACUAUCCUUUGAAUUUGACAAUUUUGAUAGCAGGUGCUGCAGGUUUUCUGAUACUCAUCCUCUUCUGCUGCAUCUGUGUGUGUGUCUGCAGACGCCGAGGCUGCUGCAAGAAGGAAAAGAGAACAAAAAGCACCAAGUCCUACAACCCUCCUCCUCCUCCUCCUCCCACCCGUAAUCUCAAGCACUAUAAACAAACUCAGUCCUUCAUGAUCUGAGGGUGAGACACACUCUGACUUCAAACUUACUCGACUGUUGCCUGAAUGUCUGCUCACUGCUACCUUGGAUGGACACAUGGACAGACAUGUCUUUACAUAUCAAGCAAAAACCAAAGAGUUAAAGAAGACUUUUGCAAAAACCUUGCUGCUUCUUAAACUCCGGCAUUUGUGUGUUGCCAGUCUGGAAGAUGGUUCCCAUGUCCAGAUCUACUACACACAUACAGCACUGUAAGUUGAAAGUUGAACUCAACUUUUUCAAACACUAUGUAGUAUGUUUCAUCAUCUCUUUUUUUUUAGUGUGUCCAGACAUUUUUUAAAUCUUGUCAUAAAAUCUUAUUUUUACACUUCUUAGACUUAGGGUUAGGGUUAGAGGACAAGUUUAUCAUUUCACAUCAAGUCUAUGCUCUCUUAUACCACCUAUAGGCAAGUAACUAAACAUUACACACUGAUAAUGGCAAAUACUGUAUAUAGAUUGUCACAGAUUGCUGUAUCCUUUAUAUUGCCUUCAGUUGAUAUUUACAUAUAGAGAUGUUGUUUUAUAUAAGGUUAAUUUUUGUCUGUCAUUUUUUAUAUAUUUUUAUAAACCUGUUGUGUUGUGUGUUGAGCUCAUAGUUGUAACAGUUGUUAAAUCUCUGGUUGUAUAAAUUCAAAUGAUGUGAUGUGAGUGAAAAAUGAACAGGUGUCUGCACACACUGAAUGGUGCUUUGGAGGCUUUAAAAAAAAAUCUAUUUCUUGAUCA